GCCAGAAAUUUAGUACAGAUUCUCGCAAGAGUCAUAACAGACGAGGGAGUCUACUCUCAGGCACAGGUCCGUCGAAGGCAUCGUUGUUACGACAGCCAUCGUCAUUUCAAUUGGCCAGUUCUCCCAGUAGAGCUCCUACUGCCCCCCCUUCUCUCCCUCUCCCUCCACCACCUUCGUCUUCCGUCUCCUCUACCGAUAGCCUUAGUUCGGUAACGUCUGUACCUGGUAACCCAGUGCUUCCUGCUGUCAUAUCUCGGAAGUCAUUGUCCGCACUACACCCUCGUUCGUCUUCGCCUCGUCCCAGGGCGAUGACGAUGGCCGCGAAAUCGAAUUCCCGACAGGUUCACGCGCUCCCUUCUUCGGUGUCAACACCGACAGUUCAAACAUCUGAAGAAGUCCGUCAUGCGGAUAAAUCGUCUGCUGCGAUAGCCGAAGACCUGCGAGAGGCGCUGCAGUUUCAAAGAGCGCAAUAUGACAAUCUUCAAAAUUACUUGUUAACUAUCACCAAGAAAUACGAAGAAGAGAAGACGGCAACUGACCAGACUAUUGAGAUGCUGGAACGAGACGUACGGAAGAAGACGAGAGAGAUAGAGGGCCUUCGGUGGUUAGUGAUGCAUAAUGGUAAAAUUGGGGACAUGGGUUCUGUGGAUCACUUGACGGAGCAGCUUGACUCCGACCUUGACAAGGGCGAAGACAAGGACGCAGAACUGGAAGGGGCUGAUAAACCAGGCUCUCCUACGAAACUGAAAAGGGCUAAAACCCUACCCGAUUUUUUGUCGCCGCCCACCGGUAAACCAAGACAGCAGAACAACUGCAUUUCGAUGCCAGUCUCGAUCCAGUCGCAGGGUCUUUGUAUCGAAUUUCCUAUCCCUCGAGACGAAUCCGUCUCGAGCCUGGAGUUACCGGCAUUUGAAUCGAGCUCUGCAGCUUCGUCUCAGUCAUCGCUAUCUCUCCCUGCACUGACGCCGUCAACAGUGUCAUCAGGUCUUUCGGCUAUUCCUGAGAUGCCUCGGGCUUCGACGAGCAGGCCUGAUCGAACUAGUACUGCGAAUAGUGUCUCUGAACAGCAAAGGGAAAAAGAAGAGCGACGCGCUUCUCGUGCUCUUCGUCGUAUUUCCACGUCCUCACUCUCCUCUUCGGUAGCGUUGUCUACCUCCAAGUCGCAGCCCAUUUCUUCUAGGCAACCACGCCCGUCGUCGUUUGGGCUUUCGAUUGAGCAGCCUCGGAGCAUGGAAGACGUGCUGGAGAGACUCAAACCGUUUGGAAGCACAUGAUGAAUGUUUUGUUCUUUCAAGUACGUUUUUGUAGUGAACUGAAAUUUUAUUCACUCAGUAUAUAGUAUCUAGCUUCGAGUUUAGCGUAUCACGGGGACGCCUUGUUCUACUCAACCUGAGACGUCCUUUUCCUCUAUUUCUCCCAUUCAGCUGCCAUUCGUUAUCAAGUGGACAUUCAAUCGUCAUUAUUUUCUUCUUCUCUUCGCAUUACCCCCAUCGUUUCGUUGCUUGCAUCACUGUUUUGUCGAACUCUAAGAACUUGCAUUUUCCAUAAUUCAUCUUAUCGCAUUUCGUUCCUAUCCUAGAGUAUUUAUUGGGCCACAUUUUGAGCGCCAUAGUACUCAUAUUUUGUUCGUCUUCAUGUUCAUGUCUGUAUACUUGCAUUGUAUAUCUUAAGAUUCUUCUCUCGGGCUUUUUCUUCUUGUGCCCCGUGUCAGUGGGUGGACGUCGUACUAUAUAUGUCGGUUUUCGUAAUGCACACUCGUAUUGGAGGUUU